UCCUCGCGCGCUUGAACCCUUUCUCUCUUUCUACCAGCUCAGAGUACCGCCAUCGUCACACAAACACAGCAUUACAAGUCGCGCUACGACCGCGCUUCUUCGCCAAUCGAGUCUUCGUCGUCUGCCCCACUACAUUCACCCUCGCACAGCACACUGCACGAGCACACGAGCUUCGCCAUCGCAGCACACCGAUCCUCAAAAUGACCGCAGACAUGGACAUCGACUUCACGCGUCGCAAUAAGAAGCCUCGCCCGUUGUCCGAGCAUGAGAAGGAGAAGCUAGACGAGUUUGUUGACGCGAUCCACUACUCGGCAAGAUACUCAGACGACCAGUUCGAAUAUCGCCACGUGCAACUGCCUAAGCAGAUGCUGAAGAUCAUCCCUAAAGACUACUUUGAUGGCGCUAGAGGCACACUGAAGCUGCUGUGGGAAGAGGAAUGGAGGGCACUAGGCAUCACCCAGAGCUUAGGGUGGGAGCACUACGAAGUACACGAGCCGGAGCCGCAUAUUCUCCUCUUCAAGCGACCGAUCAACUAUCAGCCUCCUAUGCACUAAGAUAAUGUGCACUCCAUUCAUCCAUAGGGACAGCUUCCCUUGCCGAUUCGACGAUCGCAACCG